AUGACUGCUCCCAUGAACACCCCGGCGCCGGCCGUGGCCAAGGACGCCGCAUCGGCGAGGAAGCGCCGGAGAAGGGCCCCCGCCGGCGGGGCCGCGGAUGACUGCUUCACUUGCGCCAAGCGGAAUGUCAAAUGCGACAGGAGGAGGCCGUACUGCUCACAGUGCUUGGAAAUUGGCAACGAGUGCUCCGGCUACAAGACCCAACUAACAUGGGGCGUCGGUGUGGCCAGCCGUGGCAAACUACGCGGCUUGUCGCUGCCCAUCGCGAAAGCACCCCCCGUCAGCUCCGCCAAGACGGUCAAGUCACCAUCGACAGUGCGUGCCCGAACGGGCUCUGUGAACUCGACAGGGCAAUGGCCAGCAGAGCAGGAUGAGCGGGCGGUCCGGGAAGAGACGGAAGUCAAGAUGGAGUUGGAUCACAGGAGGAAUCCUUCGGUACCGAUGACGACGACUCACUUCCCCCCUCCCUACGACAUGUCGCAACACCUCUCUCCAACCGACGCAGCGCCACCACCCGGCUGGACUCACAUCCCUUUCUCGUCGAGCAUGUCCCCGACUGACGCAUCGAGAUUCCAACCACGGCCGCUGCACAUUCCUGUGUCCCCAGUCGGGGAUAUGAUGCAGCGGGAUAUGAUCCAAACGCCCAUGGACUCGAUCAGCGAGGUGGAUUACAUGUCGCCCAUUGCUCACUCUUAUCCGCGGGAGGACGUCCCUGGCUUUAUCCACAGCCCAAUGGGUUAUGAAGGGUUUCCUACGCAUGCUUCGCCGGGAGCCCAAAGCCCUGUGGCCGUGGCCGCCAUGAUGAUUGAGCAAACACGGGCACCCGCGCCAUGUCCCAGCUUAGUCUAUGCCCCUUCCGAACCGGCCUCGAGUCUUCACCCCCACCUUUCCCACAUGGACAACAUGGAAAUGCAGCUGAGCCGCAAGAUGCCCCACGAAUGUGAGGUUUUGGUGCCUGGCACUCCCGACUUGGACACAUAUAGCUCGAGCGCCCAGUCGCAUGGUCCGUUUUGGGCCUCUUCGUGCGGGGAUGAUGAAUCCGUCUCACAAAGCGUCCCCGAUCGGCACUCUGCGCCGUGGCCCGCAUCCUUCCCAUCACAGUCCCCGUCGCCUGUCUUGCAGGUCAGCCCGGACCUCAUCACCAAGAUGCCCUUCUUCAUGGACUACUACGAAAAGACCAUCUGCCCCAACAUGGUCUUCAUUGACGGGCCCAACAACCCGUUCCGGGAACAGAUUCUCCGCCUCGGUACCAGCAGCAGGAGCUUGCAACACGCCAUCUGCGCGCUCGCCGCGUGCAAUCUGAGGAUGAAGAGGAGGCUGAGCCGUGGCCACCACGGCCGGGAUGCUGGGGAGCGGCAGCUGGACAUGAGCCCGAUUGAUAGCGGAUCCGAUGUGCAGCCCACCGACCAGUCUCUGGCCGAGGAGUACCAGCACCGCAAUCUGGCUGUCCGCCUACUGAAUGAGCAACUCAACGACGCCGACAAGUCGACGCACGAUUCCGUUCUGGCCACGAUCCUGUUGCUAUGCCACUACCGCAUGGCCGAGUCCGGUGUGGCCAAGUUCCAGACGCAGUUUGCGGGCGUGAAGAAGAUCCUGGGCUUGCGGCGGAUGUCGCCUUACCCGCCAUCACGGGAUUCCGCGUGGAUGGAGGCGCUCUUUAUGUAUUUUGACUCGGUGGCUGCGAGCAUCAACGACAGGGAACCACAACUCAACACAGCCUUUUACGGGGUCUCGCCAGAUACGCAAUUAUUACCCGCGGGCUCUGAAAAUCUCGUUGGCUGUGACCGCGAGCUUUUCAAGACGAUCAGCAAGCUCGGCCGGCUCAACCUCCUCUCCCAGCAUCGCCCCGUACAACAACUCAUCACAUCCCCUUCGCUACCUCGGAUCUCCGCUUCCGCUCGACCAACUUCCCCUCUCGGCUCACAAUUCAAGCCCCCAUCCCUCCUCAACGGACAGGACCACCAUCACCAACACCACCACCACCAAAGCAUCUUCGGCGGGGCCCCCCACCCCAUCAACAGCAGCGUACGAUUCGACGGCAACGGCUACGCCGCGCCCAACCUCGAAGACGACGACGUACUCGGCGCCGGCUCAGUCCCGCAGCAGCAGCAGCAGCAGCAGCAAGUCCAGUCCCCAACGGCCUACGACGACCCACGCAGCGUCUUCUGGCGCGAAUGGAAAGAAGCGCGCCAGGCCCUACAAACCUACGAAUUCGACAACGCCCGCGUCCGCGCCUCCCUAACCACCCCACCACAACCCUCCGCCUCUUCUGCAACCUCCCCCGUAGGCUCCAUGUCCUCCUCCCUCCCACCAGUGCAACCCACCGGCAGCCAAAUCCGCGACCUCGGCUCCCUCAGCGAAGCCUUCCGCUACGCGGCCCUGCUUUACACCGAGCGCCUCGCCAGCCCGAACGUCCCCUCCAACCACAACAACUUCCGCAACCUGGUCAGCCAAGUCGUCUACUACGCCACCAGCCUCGAGGCCGGCAGUGCCGCGGAGAAGUUCUUGCUCUGGCCGCUGUUCGUCGCUGGCAGUGAGUGUGUCAACGAACUGCAGCAGGGGAUCGUCCGGUCCAAGUGCCGUGAGAUUAUGGCGCGUAGCGGGUACAUGAAUAACCUGGCCGCGUUGGAGGUGUUGGAGCGGUUGUGGGCUGGGGAAGGGGGUGUGCAGCAGCAAGGGGCGGGUAGUCAUCAUCAUCCUCAGAAUAGGAUGGGAGGGAAUGGACGGGGUGGGCCGUUCAACUGGGCUCAGUGUAUCGGUGGGCCGGGAGUGGAAGUGGAGUGGAUCAUCUUUUGA